AUGGCCACUGAAUCCGCAAGCGCAUCCCAGUGGGUCUCGCCGUCAUCGCGACCCGAACACAUCGAGCAGCUCAUCUCGGGCGUCGACCGAUACAACCCGCAGAACCUCGAUGUCCUGCACGACUACCUCGCUCAACAACUCGACGAUGGAUCGUAUGACCUCCUUGCCAACCUCGCCGUUCUCAAGCUCUACCAGUUCAACCCUUCGGAUUUCAACUACGUUGUCGUGAUCAACAUCCUCCUCAAGGCGCUCGUUGCCGCUCCCUUGCCCGACUUCAACCUGUGCAUCUCUCUGCUCGGCGAGGCGCCAUUGCCCACGAUCCCUGUCAAGGCCGAGAAGGAGGCGACCACCGCCGGCGAUGACGGCGCAUCUCUCGCCGGAGACGACGAGGACGACGUUGUCGAGCAACCCAAGGACGUUCCAUCCGCGGGUCACCUGACCGACGCUCUGAUCGUCCGUCUCUCUCACCUCAGCACUCUGCUCUUCCAAGCGCGAUUCCGUGAGUUCUGGUCGACCCUGGCGAGCGAAGACUACUCGGACGUGCGCGAAUACGCCGCCAAGAUCAACGAGUUUGAGAACGCGGCACGACGGGUGGCGCUCAACUCGGUCAAGGGCUCGUUCACCUCGAUCAGCGAGAAGCGCAUCGCCAGCUACCUCAACCUGUCCGGAGCGGAGCUGGAGGAGUUCAUCAACGCUCAGCCAGGGUGGAAGCUGACCAACGGCACUGUCAGCGUUCCGGCCAACCCGGAUAACGAGAUCAAGGCCACAGUGAUCAGGGAGGAGAUCACGCUCGACCAGAUGCACAAGUUCUUGUCCCAGGCUCAGGCACCGAUUCUCCGCGCAUAG